AGGAAUUCCGACAUAACCUCAUAUGUUAAAUUUUAUAAAUUAAUUCGUAAAUUAAUAUAAUAAAUAAAAAUGGCUUGUUUAAAAGUGUAUUCCGUGGCCAGACUAGCGCAAUACGUUACAGAAUCUUCCUUAAGGACUUUAAGAACGAAUAUUUACAGAGGGACAGUGUGUAAAUACAGCACAGAAGAGAAGACUGCAGAGUCAGAGGCUAAUAAUAAAAACCUUCCAGCCUCUAUUGAAGAGUGUCACAAACAGAUCGAAGCUCUGACCACAGAAGUCAGCUCACUUAAGGAACAGAUAAAGGACUAUGAUGAUAAAUACAAACGAGCAUUGGCAGACGGUGAGAAUGUGCGAAGGAGGAUGUUAAAACAAGUAGAAGAUGCAAAAUCUUUCGCCAUUCAGAGCUUCUGCAAGGAUUUGUUAGAUGUAGCGGACACACUGUCGGUGGCAGCGGAGAGCGUCCCCGAGGGGGUGGAGGGGGAGGGCGCGCCCGCGGCGCUGCGCUCGCUGCGGGACGGGCUCCAGCUCACCAGGGCCCAGCUGCAGCAGGUGUUUAGCAGACACGGUUUAGUGGCAGUGUCGCCGUUAAGAGAGAAGUUCGACCCCAACUUACACGAAGCGCUCUUCCAACAGGAGGUCGAAGGCGCCGAACCUGGCACAGUGGUAACAGUGAGCAAAGUCGGAUACAAACUGCACGAGAGGUGUGUGAGACCGGCCCUUGUGGGAGUCGCUAAGGGUUCCUCCUAGUGUGAAUGAACUUUAUAUUGUGCACUUGAAUAAACGUUGACUGGACUUGA